UGGAGCUUUGCGCCCUAAUCGCGGCGGGGCUGGGCCAGUUGGAGCCAAGAUGGCUGACUACGAGGAUCGGGUGUCUGAUGAGGAGAAGGUGCGCAUUGCGGCAAAAUUCAUCACCCAUGCGCCCCCAGGAGAGUUCAACGAAGUCUUUAAUGACGUCCGGCUACUCCUUAACAAUGACAACCUGCUCAGGGAGGGCGCAGCACAUGCAUUUGCCCAGUACAACAUGGAUCAAUUUACUCCCGUCAAGAUCGAAGGUUAUGAUGACCCCAUUCUAAUCACAGAGCAUGGAGACCUUGGCAAUGGCAGAUUCCUAGAUCCACGAAAUAGGAUUUCUUUUAAGUUUGACCACCUGAGAAAAGAAGGCAGCGACCCUCACCCAGAUGACGGGGACACAAGCUUAAAGUCUUGGAGAGAUGCCUGCGACACAGCAUUGAGAGCUUACGUGAAAGAUCACUAUUCAAACGGCAUUUGUACUGUCUAUGGGAAGACAAUAGAUGGACAGCAAACCAUAAUAGCGUGCAUCGAAAGCCACCAAUUUCAACCGAAGAACUUUUGGAACGGCCGUUGGCGGUCUGAAUGGAAAUUCACUGUGUCGCAGUCUACUGCUCAGUUGGUUGGAGUGCUCAAAAUUCAGGUUCAUUACUACGAAGAUGGCAAUGUUCAGCUUGUCAGCCACAAAGAUGUGCAGGAAUCCAUAACAAUUGCAGGAGAAGCCCAAACUGCCAAGGAGUUCGUAAGAAUUAUAGAACAAGCCGAAAAUGAGUACCAGACUGCCAUAAGCGAGAACUAUCAGACCAUGUCAGACACCACAUUCAAAGCCUUACGCCGGCAGCUACCUGUAACCCGCACCAAGAUCGACUGGAACAAAAUCCUCAGCUACAAGAUUGGCAAAGAGAUGCAGAAUGCUUGAAAACCUUUACGGGGCUUACGGCAAUGUUCGGUGUGCAAAGCAACGUUGGAACUGGUCUGGUCUUACACAUAUGCUGUGUAACCCCUUCCGUGCCGGAGCAGUUAACUUCACUGUUUAUCUCCUCCGGCACAAAUGGGGUUCAAAAGGAAACGUAAAAAAAAAAAAACGCAGGGGUUUACAAAAUGUGAUAUUUUGCUAGGGCCUACAAAGUUAUUGUAUUUUUUACCCUCCAGGCGCUGCAGUGCAAACGGUUUUCUUUUAUAUUCCCGUAUAUGUUUAUAUGUGAUCACUGCGUUUCUGGGUUGCGUAUGUUCCAAACAGGCAAAAGAACUUGAACUCAAAAUAAAAUUUAAAACAAAA